AUGAAGAUCACGGGAGCGCUGCUUCUGCUCUCUCUGGCCCUUUUCUGCAUCUCAGUUCCAGCUACUGAUGCGCUGCAGGCUGCACCUGUCUACUGCAGGAACCAGAGGACCAUCAGGAACAUGUGCACCAUGGAGUAUGUCCCCCACUGUGGGUCUGAUGGUGUCACCUACCCCAACAAAUGCACGUUCUGCAAUGCCUACCUGAGAAGCCGUGGAGUUCUUGCCUUGAGGUCUCUUGAAGCCUGUUAA